AUGGCGUUGACCGGCUGCUAUGCAUUCAUGAAACACGUAGUUACACUACUGAAUAUCCUGUAUCUGUCUUGUGGCCUACUGUUAAUGCUGCUUGCAGUAUGGAUGUGGGUAGAUCCAACAUUUUCCCUAAGCAUGGUACAAGACGAAGCCAGUUACUACACAGGUGUAUAUCUUAUUCUAUUUGUUGGAACAUUACUUCUGAUCGUCGGAUUUCUUGGUUGUGCGGCUGCAAUAAGUGAAUCUCAAUGUUCACUCGUUCUUUAUUUCUGCCUGUUACUUGCUGUACUUGUGGCUCAAAUAUCAGCUGCUGUGUGGAUGUAUGCAAAUAAUGAUAAGUUAGUAGAAUUAGUACGAUAUACUGUUAAAACAACUGUUCAAUCGGAGUAUGGUUCAAUUGAAGGCCGUACAGAAACAUUUGAUGCUAUACAGAGUGGUUUUGAAUGUUGUGGUGCAUCAGGCCCAUCUGAUUGGGCUGGGAGCAAAUAUAAUAACCCACAGACAGAAAGUCUAGCACUUGCAAUAAGUUCUCCAGAACAAUCAUAUAAAAUUCCUGCUUCUUGUUGUAAAGGUGAUCCUAAACAAUGUUCAGAUGCUCAAACUGCUGUAGCUUCAGGACCAAUUUCUGAAUUUAUUUAUUCUGAGGGAUGCACUGAAAAAUUGUUGUAUACUUCACGAAAGAGUAUGAUUAUAUUCCUUGUAUUACUUGUAGCAAUUGGUUCAGUUGAGUUCUUUGGUUUAGUUCUAGCAUUAAUAUUGUGUUGUGCUAUAAGAGCAGUCAACACAUACAAAAAUUAA